UUUCAAUCAUCCCUUCACCAAGUAAGAGUUAUAACACCAUGGCAUCUCACAGCGGCGGUGGCCGCGGCCUCGUGGCAAAGCUGCCACAGUUCGUUGUGGCGGCAUUGGCCAUUCUUGCAACUUCGAGUAUAGUUUCAGCUGACCCUUACAUAUAUUCUUCACCACCGCCACCAUACGAGUACAAGUCACCACCACCUCCUUCUCCGUCCCCGCCACCACCCUAUGUUUACAAGUCUCCACCACCGCCAUCUCCUUCCCCGCCGCCACCAUAUGUGUAUAAAUCUCCUCCACCACCAGAGCCAUCUCCACCACCACCGUACGUGUACAAGUCACCUCCUCCACCCUCUCCUUCCCCACCACCACCAUAUUUGUAUAAAUCUCCGCCACCACCAUCCCCAUCUCCACCACCACCGUACGUGUACAAAUCACCUCCACCACCUUCUCCUUCCCCUCCUCCGCCAUAUGUGUACAAGUCACCACCACCACCUUCUCCUUCCCCUCCUCCACCAUACGUGUACAAGUCACCACCACCACCUUCUCCAUCUCCACCACCGCCAUACUACUACAAGUCUCCUCCACCACCUUCUCCCUCACCGCCACCACCAUACUACUACAAGUCUCCUCCACCACCUUCUCCCUCACCACCACCACCAUACUACUACAAGUCUCCACCACCUCCAUCGCCAUCUCCUCCACACCAUCCCUACUAUUACAAGUCACCGCCUCCUCCAUCUCCAUCACCCCCACCACCAUACUACUACAAGUCACCGCCUCCUCCAUCUCCUUCUCCUCCACACCAUCCUUACUACUACAAAUCCCCUCCACCACCUUCUCCCUCACCGCCACCACCAUACUACUACAAGUCUCCACCACCUCCAUCACCAUCUCCUCCACACCAUCCCUACUACUACAAGUCACCGCCUCCUCCAUCUCCAUCACCCCCACCACCAUACUACUACAAGUCACCACCUCCUCCAUCACCUUCUCCUCCACACCAUCCCUACUACUACAAGUCUCCACCUCCUCCAUCUCCCUCACCGCCACCACCAUACUACUACAAAUCUCCUCCACCUCCCUCGCCAUCACCAUACUACUACACUUCUCCUCCACCACCGGCGCCAGUCCCUUACUACCCACCGCACCACCACUCAUUCGUAGUCAAGGUGACCGGAAAAGUGUACUGCUACCGGUGCUACGAUUCCGAACACCCAGAGAAAUCUCAUGCCAAGAAACAUCUCAAAGGUGCCGUAGUGGAAGUAACAUGCAAAGCAGGUGAGAAAGAAGUUGUUGCAUUUGGCAAAACAAAAAUCAAUGGAAAAUACAGCAUUCCAAUUGAAGGAUUUGAAUAUGCUAAAUAUGGAGCAAAGGCUUGCAAAGCAAAACUUCAUGCACCACCUAAGGAUUCUAAGUGUAGCAUUCCAACUGACCUUAACUGGGGAAUCAAGGGUGCUAAACUUAAAGUGAAGUCCAAGAAUCACUAUGAAGUUGUCUUGUAUGCUAAGCCAUUCGCUUAUGGUUCCAAAGCCCCUUACGAGAAAUGCCACAAACCUAAGCCCAGCCCCGUCCCAGCACCGUACUACUACAAGUCUCCACCACCACCAUCGCCGGCUUACAUUUAUAAAUCCCCACCGCCUCCUCCUUACGUGUACAAGUCCCCUCCACCUCCAUCGACACCGGCUUACGUAUACAAAUCCCCACCGCCACCUCCUUACGUGUACAAGUCCCCUCCACCCCCAUCGCCAGUUUACGUAUACAAGUCCCCUCCACCACCUCCUUACAUCUACAAGUCCCCUCCACCCCCAUCGCCGGUUUAUGUAUACAAGUCUCCUCCACCACCUCCCUAUGUGUACAAGUCUCCGCCCCCUCCAACACCAGUUUAUUUUUACAAGUCCCCUCCACCCCCGUCGCCGGUUUACGUAUACAAGUCUCCUCCACCCCCUCCUUACGUAUACAAGUCGCCACCCCCUCCAACACCCGUUUACCUUUACAAGUCCCCUCCACCUCCAUCGCCGGUUUACGUAUACAAAUCUCCCCCUCCACCGCCUUACGUAUACAAGUCUCCACCACCUCCAACACCAGUUUACCUCUACAAGUCCCCUCCACCCCCUCCAUACAUUUAUAAAUCACCACCACCUCCUCCACACCAUCCCUACUACUACAAGUCUCCACCACCUCCAUCACCAUCUCCUCCACACCAUCCCUACUACUACAAGUCACCGCCUCCUCCGUCGCCAUCUCCUCCACACCAUCCCUACUACUACAAGUCACCGCCUCCUCCAUCUCCAUCACCACCGCCACCAUACUACUACAAGUCACCACCUCCUCCGUCACCAUCUCCUCCACACCAUCCGUACUACUACAAGUCACCACCUCCUCCAUCACCAUCUCCUCCACACCAUCCCUACUACUACAAGUCACCACCUCCUCCAUCUCCAUCACCACCACCACCAUACUACUACAAAUCACCACCACCACCGUCUCCAUCGCCACCACCUCCCUACUAUUACAAGUCUCCACCGCCUCCAUCGCCUUCUCCUCCACACCAUCCAUACUACUACAAGUCACCACCCCCUCCAUCUCCAUCACCACCACCACCAUACUACUACAAAUCACCUCCGCCACCGUCACCAUCACCACCACCACCUUACUACUACAAGUCUCCACCACCUCCAUCGCCAUCUCCUCCACACCACCCCUACUACUACAAGUCACCACCUCCUCCAUCUCCAUCACCACCACCACCAUACUACUACAAAUCACCUCCACCACCAUCACCAUCACCACCACCUCCUUACUACUACAAGUCUCCUCCACCACCAUCGCCAUCUCCUCCACACCAUCCCUACUACUACAAGUCACCUCCUCCUCCCUCACCAUCUCCCCCACCCCCUUACUACUACAAAUCUCCCCCACCACCAUCGCCCGCCUCCACCCGUAUACAUCUACGCAUCUCCACCUCCUCCCACUCAUUAUUAAGCUAUGAGAACUUUGCAGUAUUAAAUCCAAAAGAUGAGAAAAUAAUUACUUCACAGUUUCCGGUUUCAAGAGCUAGUGGGUUAUUCAAUAAGGUCCGAUACAUGUUAGAAAACUUCAUCAAAUUCGUGUUGGACCAGUUUGCGUCUGUGUCUUUGGCUGUUCUAUUCCACAUUGUCUUGUUGAUGCAAUCUCAAAUCAAGUGAGGAUUUAGAUAAAAGUUACUUUUAGGUUUGAGGUUGUUUCCUAUUUAAAAUUUAUGUUUGUAUAGGAUGGCCUUGUUUGAUUGAAUUUAUAUUCAUUUCACAUUGCAACUCCUUGUGUUCUUUGUUUCAUGUGAAUUUAAAUGUUAGCAAUAAAAGAAUUACUACUAGUUUUUCUUCUCA